AUGACUGGCUCUUUCGCCAUUAGAAUUACGCACGGUAUCACCAAGGCAUCGCUCUCCAUGACGGGUAAUAUGUUUGCUGGGUUGUCUAUUGGACUGAAUGCUUUUGCGGAGUAUGAUCUUCUGGAAAAGCACGACCUUUACACUAUCGGUAUACCGGAGUUCUCGAUUCCGGACAUUAUCGCUGUUGGUCCCAGCUUGGCUCUUGCUGUCGGGGCCAAUUUGACCUGGUCCAACAUUGACGCAGUCUUGGAUCUGGUUGACCACUCCAAAUCCACCCUGUCUGGGUUUGUUCCUAGCCACAGCUACGCCGCCAGCUUUGACGGAGACGUUACCAUUACGUCCACAUUGGGUUUGCCAGUCACGAUAGGCUUUGGUCUCAAUGUGCUGAACGGAAAAUGGGAAAAGGAAGCGAAGCUGAUUGAUACCCCGGGACUUCAAGCAACUGCUGAGUAUGACGACGAUCUCUCCUAUAAGAAUGGGGAUGCCGAUGUCACUCCCGCCAACGGAUGCUACGGUAUAUCUUGGGACCUGGCUUUGGCCAACAAUAUUGUUCUCGAUCUUUCGGAGUUCGAUGAAGGAACAUAUACUUUGGACACCUAUACUCUGGCAGACCUUGCCAGCGGGUGCGUCGGGGAAUCUGUUUCUAACUCGGAUCAGACCACGCUUGCGCAGGAGAAAUUCGUUAGUGGUAACGAUGUCAUCAUCAGCGUCAAUGUGCUGGAAGAUGAUUUACCAAAUCCGUGGGCUGAUACAUCUCAAUCCUCGGAUGAGAAAUCUAUUGUGAUGCUCUUCGAGUAUGGCACGGAUCUUCGCGUGUUUGUGUCCGCCCAGAAUGCCAAUUCCGAAUAUACGAUCGUCCCCGGAAGCGUCAGCCUAUCUGCCUACACUUAUGAAACGACGAUUUACUCGAAGCCAUCAGAGGCCAAUAUCACAAUCGUUUCGGUGGUCUGGGGUAUAGGCGUGAUCACGACCGAAUCGGUGUAUGAAGCUCUCUACGAUGCUGCAAUCUCGGGAGACUCGUUUGAGUUCUGCAACACGUUCUUCGGCGACGACACCUGGUAUGGCUACGUGAAGACUGUCGUCAUCUUCUACAGGGACUCAUCUGGUAACCUGCAACACCUAAUUGGAGACGAAAGUAGCACUCAUUCUUUCCCUAUUGCGUCAUCCGCCAAGAAGCGAGGUAUCAACUUGAAAACGACUCACAAAAACCUCGUUUCUCACUCAGCCACGCCCCAGUUUGGAACUGUCCCCGUCCACGUUCCUCAUCAACCACAAGAGCGAUCGUGGCUUGAAAAAUACAGCCCUUACAGCCAUGGCUUGCUCUCUCGCCGGUCAGAAAACAGUACCCUUGGAUCGAAUUCCACGAGCUCAAACACCACCGAUGAUACCUACGGCACCGUGACCAUCACCGAUACAGCCAGCAUCGUCUACCUGAAUCCCUCCGUCAACGGAAGCAUGUUCGUCUCUCUUGUAAGUGGCAGCACGAACCUCACAGCCUUGACAGACGACAUUCAAUUCGUCGCCGACCUAACCGAGGGCGUCAUUCUCGGCGACUCAUCUUCUCGCCUACUGUACUACUUCCCCGAUACCAUGAGUGCCGUUGGAUCCUCUCGCCUGCGACUCGGAGCUUGGGGCGAGAUCCCCAACACGGCCAACCUCAUCAACCUGGUUCCAAUGUCCGACGGAUCCGAAGACAUCCUGGUCGCAAUUGACACACUUGGGAAUUACUACUGGCCAUUUGUAUGUGCCAUCCAGGACCAGCUGAACAAAGUCUUCCUCGUUCAGGAUUACGAGAUGGGAGCGAGUGUGCUUGAGGGUGCUGAUCCGGUUUGUACCGUCGCGGGUGGUGUGGCGUCUAACUGCUCUGCUCUGGCUCUGGAAGCGGAGGGGUUGUAGGCGGUUGGAUGACGAACUCGGAGCUUGCGAAGGGUGGAAGGCGGAUGUGUUGAAGAGGAGAGGUCAUUGGUAGUCCCUCGUGUCUGGUAGCUGCCCCUAGUAUGAAGAUACGGAGGAGCAAUGCCUUAAUCAUCGGUGCAAUUUCUGGAGUUACGGCUCUAUGGUAUACCUCGGACAUCUUCCGCGACAA